AUGGGAAAGCAAAGAAGAGCAGCUAUUCUACCGACUAAUAUCAUUCUUUUGCAGAAUGUGGUCCGUCGAGACCCUGAAUCUUACUAUGAUGAAUUUCUUCAGCAAUAUUCGCAUUAUGAAUCGUUAAGAGAUAUUUAUCUUUUAAACCCCUCAGGCACAAAUGGUGCUUCUUUUGCCGAGUUAAUUGGUUUCAUUACUGCUGUUUGUAACUGCUAUCCUAAAGAAACAGCAACUUUUCCGGAAGAGCUCAAGAGCAUUUUAAUAAAUAAUCAUAGAGAUUUAUCACCCGAACUAAGGGAGAAGAUCAUCCUGUGCUUAACCAUGUUAAGAAACAAAGGCAUUAUCAGUUCAGAAUCUUUAAUUCAAACUAUAUUUCCAAUAUUGACUACAUAUAGUAAGGGAGUUGCAAGUAAUGGACAACAUGUUAAAGCAUUAAGACAGCAAAUCUAUAGCACAUUGAUAUCAUUGUUGAAAUCUGUCAAUACAGGAGCCAAAAACCAAAAGUUGAACCGCUCGACUCAGGCUUUGCUUUUUAAUUUACUAGAGCAAAGGGACUCUCAGGGUCUUUGGGCUACCAAACUUACUAGAGAGUUGUGGAAAAGGGGAAUCUGGGACGACUCAAGAACAGUCGAGUUAAUGACACAGGCUGCAUUACAUCCAGAAAUAAAAGUCUCAGUUGCUGGUGUUAGAUUUUUCUUAGGUGCAGACCAGGAGAGAGAAGAAAACUUUGAUGAUGAGUCUGAUGAUGAAAAUGGAUUUGACAUGGGAGCAUUAAAACAUAAAAUGCAAAUUAACAAGAAAAGCUCCAAGAGAAGUAAGAAGUUAGAGCAAGCCGUAAAGACAAUAAAAAAGAAAAAUAGUGCAAAGCAUUCUGCAGCUUAUUUGAAUUUUUCAGCUAUACAUUUGUUGAGAGACCCUCAAACAUUUGCAGAGCAGCUAUAUGAUAAACAAUUAGCUGCUAAGAACGGUAAUAAGUUUAAUUUGGACCAGAAAAUAAUGUUGAUGAACUUGAUUUCAAGAUUAAUAGGUACCCACAAGUUAACGAUCUUGGGAAUUUAUUCUUUUUUCUUGAAGUAUUUAACACCAAAGCAAAGAAAUGUAACUCAAAUUAUGGCUGCAGCCGCACAGGCAUCUCAUGAUUUAGUACCACCUGAAUCAGUGUCAGCAGUUGUUCGCAAAAUUGCUGAUGAAUUUGUUAGCGAAGGUGUCGCUGCUGAAGUUGCUGCUGCUGGUAUAAAUACAAUCAGAGAAAUUUUAGCUAGAGCCCCUUUGGCAAUUGAAGCACCUUUAUUGCAAGACUUGACUGAGUAUAAGGGCUCUAAGUCAAAGCCUGUGAUGAUGGCUGCGAGAUCUUUGAUCGCUUUAUAUAGAGAGGUUGCACCAGAACUUCUACUUAAGAAGGAUAGAGGUAAGGUAGCUAGCAUGGAAUUACAAAGUGGUGAAAAGAAAGGACUUCCUAAAUUCGGUGUUCAAAGCUCAGUCGUAACGUCUAUUCCAGGAAUCGAAUUAUUAGCUAAGUGGAAGAUAGAACAUGGAGAAGAUGCUGAAGGAAAUUCUGACGAGUGGGAGGUUGACCAAUCUAAUGAUUCUGACAAUUCUGAAGGUGACUGGGUCACAGUUGAGUCUGAUAAGGAAUAUGAUAUCAGUGAUUCAGAUGCAGAAGAGAAUGAGGUCUUAAAUUCUGAACAGGGUGAAGAGGAAGAAAAAGACGAGGAAGAAGAAGAAGAAGAAGAAGAAGAAGAAGAUAAUGAUGAAGAAAAUAUUGAAACCAAAAGUGGAACUGAACAAAAGUCCAAGAAACGUAAGAUCUCCUCUUCGAAAGAUUCUGCUGAUAUGGAGCGAGCUAUGAUAGAACUCUUGUCUAGCCGUAUUUUGACACCUGCAGAUUUUGCGAAGUUGGAAGAGCUUAAGGCACAAGCUGGGGUUGAAAAACUCAUGUCAGGUACUCAAAGAAAUGAAGACAAAGUUGAUUCAGAUUCCUUGUUAGGUGCUAGCAAAUAUAAACAAGAACGUGAAGAAAGGAUUGCUCAUGCUAAGGCAGGAAAAGAAGAUCGCGAAAAACAUGGGUCGAGAAGAGGAAAGAGAGAUACUCCUCAUUCUACGACGAAUAAAGAGAAAGCCAGGAAGAAAAAUUUUGUCAUGAUGAUUCACAAGAAAUCAGUGCAAGGAAAACAAAAGCUAUCAUUGAGGGAUAGACAAAAAGUUCUUAGAGCACAUAUUAACAAACAGAAGAAGAAGGGACAUUAG